AUGGGAGAGCAUGAACAGGUGAAGUCCUUGGAUACCAACAGUCUCAAGGUCAAAGCUAAGUCCAUCAUGAUCCCUGAAUCCCAGAAGCAACUGCGGUUCGAACUGGAAUCACUCAAGAGCCAGCUACAGGCCCAGACCAAGGCUUUUGAGUUCCUGAACCACUCUGUGACCAUGUUGGAGAAGGAGAGCUGCCUACAACAGAUCAAGAUCCAACAGCUUGAAGAGGUGCUGAGCCCCACAGGCUGCCAGGCACAGAAGGGGCUGCACAAGUGGGGCCUGGAACAGGGCCGGCAGGAGUUGUACGGGGCCCUGGCCCAAGGUCUACAAGGACUUCAGAAGACUCUGCAGGACAAUGAGGAGCUACAGCAGGCUCGCACAGCCCGCUGUCUGCAGCUAUUAGCCCAGGAGAUCCAGGAUAGUAAGAAGUUUCUUUGGGAGGAGCUGGAGCUGGUUCGAGAGGAGGUGACCUUCAUCUACCAGAAGCUCCAGGCUCAGGAAGAGGAGAUCGCAGAGAACCUGGUGACCAUCAAGAAAAUGCAGAAGACGCAGGUGAAGUGCCGUAAGGUCCUGACCAAGAUGAAGCAACAGGGAUAUGAGACCUGGCUGGAGACUGAGGAGAUGCUGACAGGCAGUGGUUCCUGGAAGGCUGACCUCCAAAAGGAGCUGAGUGACAUAUGGUGA